AUGAACAGUUAUGUACUUGAUAUUUAUAAUAGUAGUAGUGCUGGACCAGGUACACCUGUUGUAGUAUAUCCUAUGAAAAAUAGAACUAGAGAAGAUCCAUCUAGUCAACUAUGGUUUUUCGAUCAAGAUGGAACCAUUCGAAAUAUGGCUACUGAAAUGGUGAUCGAUAUCGACAGUGGUAUUCAGGAAAGUAAUCUAAUUGUAUGGCCAAAAAAUAUGGGAACAACUCAACAAUGGCAAUUGGAUGGCCUAUAUAUAUUAUGUCCAGGUGCAAAUAAAGUUAUCGAUAUCGAAAAGUCUCAAACUGUAUCUGGUGCACCUGUUGUUGCAUGGCCACACCACGCAGGUUUGAAUCAACAGUGGAAUAUUGUUCCAAAACUUCGGUGA